AUGAACGAUUCUCUAGGUGAUGAAAUAGCCAAGUUAGUUUACGAAGAGUAUGACCAGUUGAAAGCAUCGAGUAAACCAGUUACACGUUCUAAUGGCACUAAGGAGUGGACUGUACUAGCAGCUGUAGUAGCUAUCAAUGAAAAUGCAGAUGAAAAAGAUCUUAAACUGAUAGCAAUAUCCACUGGGGUGAAAGCCAUGCCAAAUGCAAGGCUAGACAGGAGCUGUGGGAGGAUAUUACAUGAUUGCCAUGCUGAAAUCUUGGCUUUACGUGGAUUUAAUUUCGUUUUGCUAAAAAAUAUGCAAGAUCUUAAAAACAACGAGACUUCAUCAUUUCUUGAUAAAUCUGCGCAAGGAGGUAAAUUUAGAUGGAAAUCGAAGUGGAAGUUAGCUUUAUACGUUUCAAGGUUACCUUGUGGAGAUGCUAGUAUGGAUCAUCUAGAAGAUGCAUCGGAACUAGAUAUAGAAAUGAGUGAAGAUGAUCGGUUGCAAUAUAUCGAUCCAGGCAAGUCGAAAAUAUUGAGAGGCAGAAUGAAUUUCAAGAGAAAAGGUGCAGUACGGACGAAACCUGGGAGAUUAGAUUCUGAUAUUACGCUGUCAAAAUCGUGUUCUGAUAAAUUGUGUAUUAAACAAAUCACGUCUGCAUUAAAUAGUUUGACGUGGGAAUUGAUGGAGACACCAGUGUAUCUCAAAUAUUUGGUCAUACCAGAAUUAAAUGAUACUGACAAAAAAGCACUAAUUAGAUGUUUCCAUACGAGGCUUUGUUCGUCCCUAGACCUUAUAUCGAGGUUUCAGUUUCUAACCUACCAGGGAUCAUUUACUGAUGAUAAGACAAGUGAUAGUCAACUUCCGUCAGCGACGAGUUUUAUAAAAGUAUUCCCAAGUCAAGAGCAUACUAUUGAACAGGCCAUAUUAAAUGGUGUUAAAAAUGGGUUCUACACGAAACUGGAUAAGCCACUUAGACGGGGAUGCGAAUCCAUUUUAAGUAGAUAUUCUCAAUGGAAUUUGUAUAAAUCGCUGAAAUCCGAUGUCGAAAACGGAUUAUCAUACUUACAAUUCAAAGCUGAACAGGAACAGAGACGUGAUCUUGUCGAAAACGCAAAAAUAUGUCUCUCUCAUGGUUCCUGGAUAGCCACUUUAAAGGACGAUUGUAUAUAA